AUGCUACCUUGGCUCCUGCUGUGGAUCUGUGAGUCCUCUUCAUUAUCUUGUGUUCCCUCAGGAAUCCCUGUCUCUGAUGUGAGCUUGGAGACACGGCCCCCAGGGGGAUGGGUGACAGAGGGAAACACACUGGUCCUCAUUUGUUCUGUUGCUAAUGCUACUGGAAACAUAACAUACCUCUGGUACAGAGGUACCCUGGGUUCAAAUCUGGAAACAAAGAUACAGCAUUCACUGACGGCGGAGUUUGAGAUCAUCAAAAUGAAGGAAAGUGACGCUGGGCAAUACUACUGUGCAGCUGACAAUGGCUACGGUCCUAUUCUCAGUGAUCUGGUGAGCGUCACUGUCAUAGUUCCAGUGUCUCGCCCUGUCCUUACGUUUGGGGACUCUGGAACCCAGUCUGUGAUGGGGGACCUGCUGGAGCUUCACUGUGAGGCCCUGAGAGGGUCUCCUCCAAUCUUCUACCAGUUUUACCAUGAGAAUGUCAUUCUGGGGAACAGCUCAGCCCCCUCUGGAGGAGGAGCGUCCUUCAGGUUGCCCCUGACUGCAGAACUUUCUGGAAACUACUCCUGUGAAGCCAACAAUGGCCAGGGUGCCCACCGCAGUGAGGUGGUGACUCUCAACCUAACAGGUAUUGUGCCCAUUGAGUCUGGAAACAGUCGUCUUACCUCAGGAGUCACUGAGUGGCUACUUGGCUGUCUUGGCCCCCUCACCAUGGCGCUAAUAUCUUGCUACUGGAUCAAGAGAAAAAGAGGAAGACAAUCAGAUGAUCCACUCAGGAGCCCUCCUAGGCCUGUGCUCCAAGAAUCCAACUACAUCAACUCACCUGACCCAAGGCAGUUACAGUCCGUGUAUGAGAACGUGAAUGUUGUAAGUGGUGAUGAAAUUUACUCACUCGUGUACCAUACCCAGCAGGAGGUGGAACCAGCAGCCACUCAACACAUGAGAACACACGGGACAAGUGAGGUAAGCAGGGUCUUCUCUGAAAUCUAUUCCAAGCCAAGGAAGAUAAACACCGCAUAUAUGGACUACGAAGACACUAUGUAA